AUGCCUCGAGUCGCAAACCCUCCAGUCAAGAGCCGUCAUGGCCGUGGCAGCUCGAAGUCGGCGGGUAGUACUACGCCUCACAAAAAUACCCCUAGGAAAAUGCCCCUUAACGAUGAUGCUGGGGAAAAGGUUGCACGUCUACAUUCCCGCCAGGCGCAGUACGACCUCCAAAUGGAUCAGAUCAAAGCGGCGGUAAAGACGCCGAUGCCCCCGCGCAGAUUUAACAACUACGACGGAGUAUCCGACAGCCCGCGCAGCCCUCGUGGAUCAGUCAGGGGGAGAGAGAGUGAUGUUGACCCCUUUGGCCGGGCAGUGACGCCAAUGAAGCGGGUGCCCAUCUUAGCCAACUUUGAAGAAUGGAUGAAAAUGGCGACGGAUAACAAGAUCAACGCUGCAAACUCGUGGAAUUUCGCCCUCAUUGACUAUUUCCAUGAUAUGUCCCUGCUAAAAGAAGGCGACGGUGUCAAUUUCCAAAAGGCAAGUUGUACGCUGGACGGUUGCGUCAAGAUUUAUACCAGCAGAGUGGACAGCGUUGCGACUGAGACCGGGAAACUCUUGAGUGGAUUGGCAGAUAGUGGAAAUAAGAAAAAUCAGGGCGAGAGAGAUGGUGGAGGUGAGAAUGGAGAAGAUGAUGAUGACGAAGAGGAGGGAGAAGAGGGAGAAGAUGAAACCAGACGGAAGACACGAAAAAAGGCUCGAUCCCAUGAAUCCACGCUGGCGCCCUCAUUUGCUUCUCUACAACUAAAAAAGUUUGAACUGGAAUUCUCUGUGGACCCUCUAUUCAAAAAGGCAUCCGCGGAUUUUGAUGAAGGUGGCGCCAAGGGUCUACUUUUGAACCAUCUAUCAAUUGACGGUCAAGGAAGGAUUGUCUUCGACAGUAGUGAUGAUGCCAAUGCCACGGCUGAUUCAGAAGCACAGAAUAAAAAUAACGAGGAAGGCGGAUCCAAGUCCCCAUCUCCGAGACCAGGUACAUCUGAUUCCAAUGAUGACUAUCUGGACGUCGAUAUCCGCGGUCUUGCCGAAAGAUUUUUCCCUAAUCUCGACGCUCUAUCUGACCACGAUAUCUGUCCCUCGCUGAAAGAUUUCGACCUGGGUGACCCGAGCGGAUCUCUCGAAAUUCCAUUUUUACGUGCUCCGGAAGACUGGAGGCAAGAUAAACAGCUGUCGGAGCAGCCAGGGCUCGGCGAUGCAUCCGGUAUCGUACUGGAUGAUGAUAUGGCCAUUGGGUUUGAUGACGAUGACGAUGCCACAAUUACUGGAUUCGAUCUUGGUGGAGAUGCUGAGUUCGGGCAAGGUGGUGAAGCAUGGGCACGAGACGCAGCCCUAGAACCGAUGUUGAAAGUGCACCGCAUUAGCAGCAUAGGAGUUGGUGGCGGUGACCAUAACGAUACAACAGUGGAUUUUGAUAACACAGAGAAUGACCCUUUCGCCUUGUCCCUUACACAUGGAAAUGGAAACCAUGAUCAUGACAAUAUCCUCAGCUAUUUCGACAAUGCCCUACGCAAGGACUGGGCUGGCCCUGAACAUUGGAAGAUUCGACGAGUGAAAGAUAUUACCUCCGCUGCCGGAACUGCUGCUCCCAGGCAGCGCAAGGAAAAGGAGCCCUUUGAGAUAAAUUUCGCCUCUGAUCUCGAUCCUGCAGUUGCAGAACUAAUUUACACAACCUCAAGUUCGAACUCUGCAAUCUCACUACCGAAAUCUCAGUGGAAAACCAAGGGCAGAAAUCUGUUGCCUGAUGAUAAACACUUCAACUCUAGGGAACUACUCCGCCUCUUCUUAAAGCCCAAAGCUAGGAUGGGGCUGCGGGGAAUCAAGAAUAACAAUCGCUCCCGUCAAAAUGACACAUCCGGCCCUAACAAUGGCGAGAUGGAUGAAGCCUUCUGGGCAUCACAGAAGCAAGGCAUGGACCAAGCAGCUAACGACGAAAAUGCGGCCCAGGGGACUUACGAUGCUAACUUCUUCGCAGACGACGAUGGCCUUGCUUUCCCACAUGGCCUGCCACUGGGUGACGAUGAUGACGACGAUAACAUACCUUUUGCCGAUGCUCGGGAGACAUUCUCUCCUCCGCUGGACUCAGACGCACAACCCUCGGCCUCUGCGGGUGGUAUGACCGGCCUCAACGCACUUUUAAACAGCGUUGCUACCCCCGGUGGUGCUUUACUAGGGGGAUAUGGCUCGCAGCUAGUCACACAGGGUGGUCGUAGGGUCCGUCCUGAGUAUGUAAACUACGCUCGAGUAGCGAAAAAGGUAGAUGUACGACGCCUGAAAGAAGUGAUGUGGAAAGGAAUGGGCGAGCAUCUAGUAGCUUCAAUGACAUUCAAUUCUGCCUCUCCAUCUGCGGCAGUAACCACGACCACCGCUCCAGUCGAAUCGGCCGAUACAGCGCCGGAAACGAAUGCAGAAGAAAGCUCGCCGAACGAUGAACCUGAAGAACUCAAGAACAGCCUCCGCUUUACCGACGUUAUGAACGGGUUGAAGCAGUCAUAUCCCGAACAAGCAAUGCGGGAUAUCAGCACCUCCUAUGGUUUCAUCUGCCUCCUUCAUUUAGCCAACGAGCAAGGUCUCGUGCUGAAAAAUAGAGGCAGUAUGAAUGAUGGCUGGGAAGGCAGGCUGGAGGAAAUAUAUGUGACGAAGGAUGCCGGAGCUGUUAUAGAAGGUGAUGCAUAA